AAGCUUGAGGUUGAGAUGGUGCAUCACUGCUGCAGCAAACAGAAAGUGAAGAGAGGCUUAUGGUCUCCUGAAGAAGAUGAAAAGCUUAUUAAAUAUAUCACCACUCAUGGCCAUGGCUCCUGGAGUUCUGUCCCCAAACUUGCAGGGUUGCAGAGAUGUGGGAAGAGUUGCAGGUUGAGAUGGAUAAACUACUUGAGACCGGAUCUGAAAAGGGGUUCAUUUACUGAACAAGAAGAGCGGACUAUCAUUGAUGUUCAUAGAAUUCUUGGCAACAAAUGGGCUCAAAUAGCAAAGCAUUUGCUGGGAAGAACUGACAAUGAGGUGAAAAAUUUUUGGAACUCAUGCAUAAAAAAGAAGCUUCUUGCUCAAGGGAUUGAUCCCAACACUCACAAUCUCCUCUCUCCUCCUCAAAAUUUUCAGAAUAAUACUAAUGCAUGCAGCAAGCACCUUCUUCCUCCAUUGUUCCUGCUAAAUUCUCCACAAGUUAAAGAAAACAAUUCUUCCAUGGAGACCAUGAAUUUCAAAUCACCAUCUCUCAGCACAUUACCUUACAAAAACAUCAUCCCCAACUCUUUAUCGUUGCAUGAAAUUCCAAAACUUCCAAUUAUUUUGACCUCUCAUCAGUUCCAAAACCCUAAUAUGUUCUGGGCUACAGAAGGCCAAACUCAUUCCCAAAAUGUCCCUCUUCCUUCUUCUUCUUCAUUAAACCCAGGUGGGUUCGGCCUCAUUGAUGAGAAUUGCAUGUGGAAUAGCGAAAAUUUUGAGCUUGCUGAAGCCACUACAAAAGAGAUCUAUGAAGUUGCAGUUGAGAAACCUUGUGGGCAAAUCAGCAACAACAUGAACACAUCAUUUGAGAGAUCUGGCUUUGAUUCUGAGUUUGUGGAGUCAACAGUAAUGGCUUGUGGAAUGACUAAUAACCUUAGUGCCGUAGACCAAUUUGCAUGGGAUUGUUGAAUGAUUAAUUAGGGAUUUAAUGUUUCUUUCUUUUACUAUUAACUAUGAAGCUUUAUUGU